UGUCCGCGGCUGCAGGUCACAUGACGCGGAAGAUGUGGGGCUUAAUUCCUGUGUUGGACUGCUCCCAGCUGCUGCGCCUCUGCCCUUCGCAGUGCAAACCGUACGUCUGCCCCAUCACGACCCCCGACCCCCAGGUGGACUCCUCUCAGCGCACCAUGUCGGACCAAGCUUUUGUUACACUGGCCACAAAUGACAGCUAUGCAAAGGGAGCGAUGGUUCUCGGCCAAUCGUUACGAAACCACAACACAACCAAGAAGCUGGUUGUGCUCGUAGGACCUCAUGUUGCAGAACCUUGCAGUGUGUGUUGUAGAGAUGCGUUACAGUCAGUUUUCGAUGAGGUGCGAGUGGUGGAUGUGAUGGAUUCAGGCGACACGGCUCACUUGGCCCUGAUGAAGCGUCCAGAUUUGGGGGUGACCUUCACUAAAUUGCACUGCUGGACGCUCACACACUACAGCAAGUGUGUGUUCAUGGACGCAGACACACUGGUGCUGUCAAACAUAGAUGAACUAUUUGAGAGGGAGGAGCUCUCUGCUGCUCCGGAUCCUGGCUGGCCGGACUGUUUCAACUCCGGCGUGUUCGUCUUCAGACCGUCCAAUGAGACGCACGAGAAACUGCUCACAUUCUGUGGUGAACAUGGCAGCUUUGAUGGUGGAGAUCAGGGGGUUCUCAACAGUUUCUUCAACACCUGGGCCACAGCAGACAUUUCCAAACACCUGCCCUUCAUUUACAACCUCAGCAGUAUUGCCAUCUACUCCUACCUGCCAGCUUUCAAACAAUACGGCCACGAUGCAAAGGUAGUGCACUUCCUGGGCAAAGUGAAGCCGUGGAACUACUCCUACGACGCUCAGCGAGGGGAGGUCAGCGGUCACUCUCAGUCGCCGGACCAGAGCCAGCUGCACCCCGACUACCUGCUCAUGUGGUGGCAGCUGUACGCCAAGUCUGUGCUGCCUUUACUGCAGAAGGCCUACGGAGACACUCCCUUCAGCAGCGGCUUCGUCGAGGCCAGCAGUGAUGGAAAACCUCACGAGGAUGUCAGCGAGCACCCGGCACCCUCUCACCCUCCUCCACAGAAGGCUUCAUCAGAGGAGAGGAAGCAGCGCUGGGAGGCGGGUCAGAUCGACUACUUGGGCGACGACUCCUUCGCCAACAUCGAGCGAAAACUCGACUCCUUCCUAAAGUAGCGAGGGAGCAUGACGGACACCAGUUGAAGCUCCGUGUGGUCGAGGAGGGGAGAGGAACCACCGCUCAGUCGAUCGCAGGGGCCUGAUUAGCAGGUGACUGGAUGAAUGCCUCCGUGCACCUUUUCACUGUGACUCUCUGCACGAUAUCACCGUGUCGAGAGUAGAAGUUUGUCAAAAUUCCCGUGCACUCCACCAUUCAUUUUCUCCUCUUAUAAGAAAAGUUGGACAUUUUGGGGAUGUAUCUCUCUGUUGCUGAGAGUUUGAUGAGGAAAAUUGCUUAAAGUGUGAAGCUACAAGCAGCAGCCAGCUAUGCAAUGGCAACAGAAAUCUUAAGGUUAAAAAAAAAAAAAAGAUAUUUUCAUUGACUACAGAUGUUUUUUGCUCUUAAUAUCUUUCUGCUGCAUUAGCAUGGCAAACUGAGGCGGUGUUAAGAACACAGGCUGCAUUGAUGCUCCAUUUAAAAAUGAUCUACAACUCGAGGCAACAUUCAAAGCAGAAUGUAAACCUUUUCUGAAUCAUAAAAUAUCUUUGGACUUUCAACACACUGCUGACUGAGGGAAAUCAAGAAAAAUAAGAAGCAUUUUGAUUUUGUCCCAGUGUUUACGAGCACAAAGAUAUGCAAAUCUAAAACUAACAGGUUCUGGUUUGUUUAAUCGAUAAAAAAAAUCCGAAGCAUAUAAGUGACAAUUCUGUAUAUUUAUAAGCGAUUAUGUAUUGGAUUAUUUCUUUUGCCAGUCACAGUUGCAUCAUCUGAGGUUUUGCUUGUUUCCUGACAACCGUUCCAGAUCAAGAAAUCUGCAAAUAAAAAAAAAAAACGGCUGUGAUUUUAGUCUGUAGAGUAACUUGCUAGCCUAUUGCUUGUCGUGUUCCAAUUUCAAGUCUUAAUUGGCUCCCUGCAUAGAGCAAAUCCUCUCUGACAACUCUUUACAACAAAGAAAAUAAACUUAGCUACUUCCCAAAAUGUCCAACUUGUCCCUUAAUGUGCAUCUGAUGGAAACAGACUCACCUACAGUCUUCCUAAUCUGUGGAAAAUCUGAGCAGCAUUGACUCCUUGUGGACUCGAGAAAAAAAGCAUUUAGCAGCUGUUUCUGUAAUUUCCCACGACCUCCUCUUCCCACCUGCAAUAAGCCUCCUUGUCUGAACCCACUUUGAAGCAAAAUAUGCAGCAGCUGGCUCACUUUCCUCUAUUUCAGCCAGUCGCGACAAUCCUACUUUGAUAUGACAGUGUUCACCUCAUUGGAGAAGCGUAGAGUAGCAUCCCGACAGUAUCUGUGCCUCUGACGCUCACCAGCUCCCUCUACCUUCAGCUUUGUCAUGUCUGGUGUUGUGUUCAGGCCGUUGUGUUGUAUUUGCAUGGCACAGAGUUCAACCGUGGGUCAGUGAUGAAGUCUUCCACCCGCAUCGUAAGGUGAUGUCGACAGCCGGUGUUUUUGUGUUUUUGCGGGAUGCAAUGCUAAGUUAAUGCGUCAUCCGUCCUGCAUGUACGUCCCUGCCAGACCCACAUCAGCGUAUUUGUGCCAUGACCUGUGUUUUAGUCACUUCCUCUCUGUAGCGUAACCAGUUGCCUUAUUGCCGUUCACUGUUUACAAAACCUCACAUACUGUAACUGCUGCUAGUAGCACAGAGGAUCGAACUGUGUGGAGUCCGUCCUUUUCCGUUGCCAAUGCCCUCUUUACUUCACUCCAGCUGUGUUCCACCCCGAAACUAUCACCUACAGCUCUUAAUAAUACGUUCCUCUGUCUGGUGUACACACUCCGAUGUAAUGCUGAAAAGGCCGAGAGAGAAAUCUGUAUGUAGCGUUUGAGUGUGGAUCAUAACUGUAGUGACAUCGGUUUAUUCACAUCUGUGUCCCGGCUGUUAACUGUACAUCCCUCUUAAAGAGCUAAUAAAAAAGAACUUGUGAAAAGCCGUA